GUACAAAACAAGUGGUCUCUUUGUAAUUGUCUUGCGUAAAAGCGUAUAAUCGCUCUUUCCCAUCGGUACAGGGACAAAUGUAUAGCUACUUGACCUAGACACAUUUUGUCAAGGGCACCUCCAUGAACAACUUGAAUGACCCCCCUAGAUGGAACAUGGGGCCAGACCCACAAGAAGGUGCUGCUGCUGACGGGAACAAAUGGAAUUAUGCCCUCCUCGUGCCAAUGCUGGGGCUGGCUGCCUUUCGCUGGAUCUGGACCAGAGAGUCUCAGACAGAGAUCAUAAAGGUCAAGGCCCGGUACGACCAGGACAUGUCUGCCGUGACCUCCAACCUUGAGAUGAAGUACAGAGACACCCUGACGGAGAACCGGCGGGCAGCGGCCAUCUUAGAGCUGGAGCUGGAGAAGGAGAGGCAGAGGGUCCAGGGGUACCGCCAGGCCCUCAUCUCACAGAGCCAGCAGGUCAUGGAGGAACGCAAACAGCUACAGGUGGAACGAGAGGCUCUGGAGCAAGAGAAGAUUAAGCUUUUAGAAUCCGGCGCCGCUGGGGCCGUCCUCCAACACGCUCUGGCCAGAGAGAGCGACUGGCACCAGAGGGCCUCAGCCAUGCUGAAGGAUCUGGAGGAGGACCUUGUGGAGAGACAGGGGGCCUACUGCAACCUGCUCCUCCCCAGGGAACAUAGGCUGGAGAUGGAGAAGAACCUGCUCCUCAAGGUGGUGAAGGAACCGUUGGGAACGGAUACAGAUCUGGAGGGAGACCUGAAGGAUAUCUUUAAGAACGACCGCUACUGUGCCAAAGGCAACAAUCGCCUCCUCAACGUGAAGAAAAUGGACAAGAGGAAGAAUGGUAGCUUGAUGUGGCUCUACCUCAGAUAUUGGCAGCUUCAGGUUACCAUGGAGACGCAUAAACGGGCAGAGGACUCAAUACUGGGAGUUACACCAGAUAAGAACGACCUCAAGUGACCUUGAUAGAGUUGACCUUGAUAGGGUUGACCUUGAUAGGGUUGACCUUGAGUAUAUAGUAACAGUCUUCUUGACUGCACAAAUGUUUUAUUUUUUCACUAAAUGGUGAAUUAGUUUGUAUAUUUCAUUUCCUCUACAUCGUUUUAUGACUCCUGACAAAUGUAAACGCUUACUUUGUUACUAGUGAAACACAGUAAAUGCCAAUGGAAUUGUCAUUGAAUGUCAGGGAUAUUUUCACAACUAUAGUUUUGUCUUCGCACUCCAAACCCAAUGUUGGAUGAUAUGAUACAGUAUCAUGAAUUCUAGAGGAAUAUUUCCUUUUGAUAAAAUCAUGUAUAUCCACAUUGGACAUCACAGCUGUUUGGUCAGUCAUGUAGAAAAGAAUAGUGAUAUACUUUUAUUUUGACAGAAUAUACAAAGUUAUAACAGACUGUGGUUGUGUCAUACGAUCGUGUAAUGACAUGUAAUAACAUACUGACAUCUCUGACUAGAUACUUUGUGUGGGUUAUUUAAUUAGAGGUAUUGGUUGAGUAAAGCCCAGGACUGACAAGCAUUGCUGACCAUAGCUUCCACAGGCUCCAUAAAGUUUGAACUAAUGUAAACUGAAUCAAAGAAAUAGACCUGAGCAAACAUUUACAUUUUAUUCAUGUAGCGGACACUCUCGUCCAGAGAUGAAGUUUUGUAG